AUGGAAUUAUGUAAGCAAGCAAGUGAAUUAGCUAAUAGUAUUGUAUUCAAUGCUAUUCUCAUCCUUGUCAUUAUCAUAUCAGUAACAGGAAUUAUUUUUGAAAUAUGGGUAAUGCUUAAGACAACAAAUCAUAUUUUAUUACAUCGAAAUAUUCGAAUUUUAAUUAUCACACAUCAAUUAUGGCUUAUUCUUCACUGUGCUGCAAGAGUAUUUACCUACACCUAUAUGUUAGUGGGAUAUCAGAAGAAGCACACUGAUCCCUGCGGGUAUAUGAUGUUCCCGUGGGAAUGUUUGAUACGAGGACCGAUUAUUCUAACAUCGUCCUUAAAUGUUGCUUCUGUACCUGCAAUAGUUAGUGAGCGAGCUAUUGCUACAUUUUUUUCAUCGAAAUACGAAAAUUUUGGAAAAACUAUCGCUGUUGUACUUAUCAUGGCACAGACUGUAAUUGGAAUUGGGUGCGUUUUAUUUAUUUAUGGCAAUUUUUCAUUGCUUAAAUAUGGAAUGAUGGUUUACUGCGCUCGAGCAAGUAAUAAAGCAAGCGCAAAAGUUAUUGUGGUUCUUAGCUUUCACGCAGCCAUUUCUUUCAUCUCAGCAUUAGUUCUUCCACUUUUAUUUUCUAUUAACAAGAGAUUACAUCGAAACAAAAUUCACGUUAACUUAUCACAUCGUUAUCAAAUCAUGGAAAAUAUCAAUUCCCUUCAGACAUUAUUACCAAUGGUAGCAUUUCAUGCGCUACUCCUGGCAGUUUACAUGAGUGCACACUGUCUGUACUACACUUUCAAUUCCACUAUUCCCAAAUUUUCUCUCACAACUGCUAUUUACUUGGAAUGUGUACAACUAACUCCAUUAUACGCAUUAACCUUGCCAAUUGCUAUAGUAUGGACAGAAAAAUAUGUCAGGAAAACUGUUCAGGAAAACCGUCGGAAGGUUAUGGAAUUAACUGGCAGUGAAGUAGCUGACCAUUACUUUGCAGUUUUCGAAAGAUCUGCAGGAAAGAAUGCUUGA